AUGCAGUUCCCCAAGCUCGGUGGCAAGGGCGUAGAGCACAAGGAUCGGACGGACGCCGAUACUCCCGCCCCGGAUUCCGGCUCCGAUAUCACGGCUGAGCAAAAGAUCACCUUUGCCGCCGCUUUCCUCGGUCUUGUUGCCAGUAUCGGUGGUUUCAUGUUCGGUUAUGUCAGUGGCCAAGUUUCCGGUUUCUUCCUCAUGGAAGAUUUCAUGCAGCGCUUCGGUGAGGCCCAGAAUGGCACCUACGUCUUCAGCGCCGCUCGCCAAGGUACCAUUGUCGGUCUUCUGUGCAUCGGCUGUCUCGUUGGUGCUUUCUCUGCCGGCAAGCUUGCCGACACCCUCGGCCGUCGCUUGACCAUCUCCAUCUUCGCCUUCUUCUCCUGCAUUGGUAUCAUCAUCGAGAUCUCCUCCACCACCAAGUGGUACCAGUUCGCCAUUGGCCGCCUCGUUAACGGCGUCGGCAUCGGCGCCCUGUCCGUCGUCGUUCCCAUGUACCAGUCCGAGUCUUGCCCCGCCAUCAUCCGCGGUGUCAUCGUCUCCACCUACCAGCUCUUCAUCACUCUCGGCAUCUGGCUCGCCGAGAUUGUCAACUACGCGACCCAUAACAAGGCCGGCUCUGCCUCGUGGCGCAUCCCCAACGGUCUCGGCUUCGCCUGGGCCCUCAUCCUCGGUGCUGGUAUCCUUCUCCUCCCCGAGUCCCCCCGUCACGCCUUCCGCCAGGGUCGCGAGGACGAGGCUCGCCGCAACAUUGCCAAGCUUGCCGGAGUUGAGCCCAAUGCCGCCUCUGUCAACCUUCAGAUCGAAGAGAUCCGCGCCAAGAUCGCUGAGGAGAGUGCCGGCGCCGACACCAGCAUCUGGGAGAUCUUCACCGGACCCCGCAUGCUCUACCGUACCAUUCUCGGAAUGGUGCUUCAAGCCGGCCAGCAGCUCACGGGUGCCAACUUUUUCUUCUACUUUGGAACGACUGUUUUCUCCGCCACCGGUAUCAGCGACAGCUACGUCACUCAGCUCAUUCUCGGCUCCGUCAACGUCGCUUGCACCUUUGGUGGUUUGGUCGUCGUCAAGAAGUCGGGUCGUCGCAUUGCUCUCAUUACCGGUGCUCUGUGGAUGAUGAUGUGCUUCUUCGUCUACGCUUUCGUCGGUCACUUCGCCCUCGACACUGUCAACCCCUCCAACACUCCCCAGGCCGGCGCCGUUCUUGUUGCCUUCUCUUGCCUGUUCAUCGCCGGUUUCGCCACCACCUGGGGUCCUCUCGUCUGGGCUGUCGUUGCUGAGCUGUACCCUGCCCGCUACCGUGCCCCCGCCAUGGCUCUUGCCACCGCCUCCAACUGGCUCUGGAACUUCCUCAUAUCCUUCUUCACCCGCUACAUCACUGACGCGAUUGACUACCUCUACGGUCUCGUCUUCGCUGGCUGCUGUGCUGCUCUGGCUGUCAUUGUCUUCCUCUUCGUCAUCGAGUCCAAGGACCGCACCCUCGAGGAGAUUGACACCAUGUACGUCCAGCACGUCAACCCCAUCACCUCUGCAAAGUGGCGCGCCGAGGAGCACAAGCACCACCACGAGUCCGCCAGUGAGGAGGAGAAGGUUAACGCCUCUGCCUAA